AGCGCGGAACGGUCGGCGUGUGCGCAUGUCGCCCGUUGCGGCUAUCAUUCGAUCGCGAACUGUGCAGUGCCCGUUACUAGUGUUUCAUAAAUUUAUAACAUAACAGUUUCUGUGGUUUUUGUUCUUUGCAACAUAUUUCUAUUUUGGAAAACGUGCUUAAUUAAAGAAACCGUUCGUGUGUGCACCCAAUGCCAUUAUUACCCAGGGAUUGUAAGAAAAGGCGUCUUCCAAACAAGUAACGAGCGACCAUGUGACGCGGUCUUAUCAAAAGAUUGUACGACAUCUUCAAAUACAAAAUUAAACGAACAAAGAUGGCGCUGUGGUGGCUUGCAGUGGCGUGCGCGCUGGGAGUUGCGCAGGCGCAGUCCAACUACGGGUCACAGGCGAACAAUAUAGAGUACCAGGGUGGUCUGCCCGAUCAAACCGUACUCGAUGGAAAGGUCACAAAACUCGACGAGUUAAGUCCAGUCAUCUUUUUGAACCGUACGAAAGCUGCCCUUAACUGUGCUGCAGGUUCCAUGCAGAUGGAGUUAAAAUUCAACGAGAAAUUCUACGGCAUAGCUUACGCUGAUUUCGACCGAAAUUCCGCUUGCAAGAUCGUCGGGAAGGGAGCUCUGUCGUACAAGUUCGAAUUGCCGUUGAAAGGAUGCGGUACGAAACAGGAUCCCCUUCGCGUGUUCACGAACAACAUCGUGGUGCGGUUCCACCCUGGACUGGAGAUGGACGGCGACGAGAUCAUCACCAUCGUCUGCCGAUACCCACCUCCUAAUGUGCUGAUGCCGGUGCCUUUGAUUUUGCCACCGGAAACUGGUCCAUUACCCGCAAAGGCGCCUCUAGCGGGUACCCAUAUCCUCAUGAUCAUAUGCGCCAUCCUGUUCCUGACACUUCUAUUGCUCGGGCUCGGAGUCUCCUAUCUGUGUCUAAGGAGACGAGCGCUGCCUCCACCAAGGAGACUCAUCGAUGAGUCUUCUGCGUCUAUUGUUAGCGGAGAGAGUAUACAAGAAGUGAAGAUCCCACGAGCCCACCCGGUGUAUCCAGUAACAGCAGAAAGCGCCAGUGUCGCAUCCGAUACGAUUCCCUCUGACUACCCCUCGGAGACCCCUAGCGAGGCCGAGCAGGUGCACACAAACCAGGCCUUCAUCUUGGAAGAGGCUUAUCAUAGCGAAGGGUACGGCGAGUCGCACGAAACGUCAGCGGGUAACGCUCGCUUGGCUGCAGGCAUGGUGAUGGUGCCGCCGCCCGCCUUCGACGUCCGCGUGCGGGUGCAGCGCCCACCCGUGCCUCCAUCUCCGCCGUCCACUAUUACUGCCAUUGAAACUGACGGGGGUAGUAUGAGACAAACGAUGAUAAUCGAAGAGCACGAGCGACAAGAGUCCGUUCGCACGGUCUCCCCCGUGGCAUUGCCGCUACCCGCACGCGGGUCGCAGCUGCCACCGCCUGAACGACCGCCGAAGGUUUACAAAUCGGACUGGGCGCGUCGUCCGCGCUCGAUCGUUUCUCUCAACACGGAGAUGACAGACACACACUCCGUCACCGAAGUCACCGAUCAUACCCAUGCUAGGAUGUUCCAUCUCAAGAAACCUCCUCCGCCGCCGCCGGUGUUAGUGAGCGAGCGGCUGCAGACGGAGGAGCAGGAGAUGCUACUGGAGAGCCUCGAGCCUAUCCCCGAGACACCCAUCAUGCCUGCCAGGAAACCAGAAAUAACAUCACACGUAGUUGACGACGUGUUCCUCCGCACGAUCACUGAAAAGAAGACUAUCGAAGAUAUAGAGAGACAUAAACGACUCAUCACAGAGUACAAGCAAGUGCCGCCACCGCCGCCGCAGUUUGAUGUUACCAUAAGGAACCAUACCAUGCCUGAAGCACAAUGGGAGAACUUCUCGGAUAUUAGCAGCGCGUCAGGGAUGACCUUGACACCGAAGAUGGAGAGAGUACCCUUGUCGCUGCCACCGCAGAAGUAUAUUGAUUGGAAGCGCGGCAAUGAAUCAAUGACACUGAAGACUGGGAGGGUUCUUCUGGAAACCGAGCGUUCCCUCCGUCUGACUCGUGAAGAGCGUCUGCGUUGGCGUGAACUGAUCACGCAUGAAAGCACUCUGCGACGUGAGCUUUCCAGAUCCUCCACCCGCGACGAGUUCACCAGAGUGGCUCAUGAUCAUAGGUUCGCGCCUCUGUAUCCACCACACAAGUGGGAGGUCAUCAUCAGGAUUCUAGCACCGCCACCUGACAAACCUAAGAAUCGCUACCGCAAGAAGAGUGAAUGGGACUCCCGCUCUCGCCGCAGCUCUUUGCCGACAUUGUACGAGUAUGACAGCGACGCUACAUCGCUGAGAGAUCCGCAGCGCUCGCGCAGGUCGUCCUACCGCAGCGACCACGUUGACAUGCGGUCUAUGUCGGAGAUGAUGGUGGACUACGCACGCGAGCAAGCUGAUACGCAUUCCGAGGUGUCAGGAGGAACUCAGCUCGGAAGAUACUACGAUGACGACAGCGAUAUGGAGCACCCUUUCCAUCAGAAUCAAUCCUGGUCCCGUCACUCGCUGAACCGGUCAGUCAGCCAACCGUCUCUCGCUCGUUCGGCUACUGAGGUGGUCGAGCAAUGGACAGCGCCUGAAGGUGACGUCACUCCUACACCUGGACGACGGGUUAGAGGUGCUCAAGGAUUGACGACGUUCACAUCAUCCGAAGUCCGCACGUUCCAGGCUUCGUCAAGGGACUGGCGUGAUUAA